AGAAGUGAUGCCGCCUCUGAUGGAGGAGGAGACGCCGGACUAAAAGCAGGGGCUGGCCUUGACGUCAAUGCCCAGGCUUCUCUCGCACGUGGGUGGAGGAGAUAUACGAGAAGGCUCGCGGCUCUGACUCACACCGACAGACACCGCGGACUCCUCGUGGUUGAGCCCGGCCGGCGUCACAGAGAGCGCACGGAGAGAGACCGGCAGGAGCGGGAAGCUUUGUGUGACUUCCGAGUGAGUGACGAAGAAAUUCAGCCAACGAUGUCGGCGUUGAAGAAGAGAAACUCGAAUUCCUCGGCGGACAGGGAUGAGGACAAGCAGGUCACGGAGAGGAUGCUGUCCCCGGGCGAGGAGAAGGGGGACCAGGGAGGAGACCCCGACAACGCCGCAGGAGGAGGAGGAGGAGGAGGAGAGGGGGUCGCCCUGAAGAAGACCAUCACCCUGUACAACGGCGUGGCCCUCAUCGUGGGCACCAUCAUCGGCUCGGGCAUCUUCGUCACGCCGUCCGGCGUGGUGAAGGAGGCCGGCUCGGUGGGUCUCUCCCUGGUGGUGUGGACGGUGUGCGGCGUGUUCUCCACGGUGGGGGCCCUCUGCUACGCGGAGCUGGGGACCACCAUCACCAAGUCCGGCGGGGACUACGCCUACAUCUUGGAGGUGUACGGCCCCCUGCUGGCUUUCCUCAAACUCUGGAUCGAGUUGCUCAUCAUCCGGCCGUCCUCGCAGUACAUCGUCGCCUACGUGUUCGCCACCUACCUCCUCAAGCCCCUGUUCCCCGUGUGCCCGGUGCCGGAGGAAGGGGCCAAGCUCGUGGCGUGCCUCUGCAUCCUCCUGCUGACCUUUGUGAACUGCUACAGCGUGAAGGCGGCCACCAGGGUGCAGGACAUCUUCGCCGCGGCCAAGCUCCUGGCUCUUGGGAUAAUCAUCAUCAUUGGCUUCGUCAAGAUCGGCCAAGGUGGCGUAGACCGCCUUCUUCCAGAGAAUUCAUUCGAGGGGUCCAAGUACGAGUUUGGCAGCAUUGGACUGGCGCUCUACAGCGGCCUGUUUGCUUACGGCGGCUGGAACUACUUGAAUUUGGUCACCGAGGAGAUGAUUGAGCCUUUCAAAAACCUUCCCCGCGCCAUCAUCAUCUCCCUGCCCAUAGUGACGGUCGUCUACGUUCUGACCAACCUGGCCUACUUCACCACCCUCUCUCCCGAGCAGAUGCUCAACUCGGAGGCCGUGGCGGUGGAUUUUGGUAACCAGCACCUGGGUCCGAUGGCGUGGAUCAUCCCUGUGUUUGUAGGCCUGUCCUGCUUCGGAUCGGUCAACGGCUCUCUGUUCACAUCAUCCAGGUUGUUCUUCGUGGGUUCCCGGGAGGGUCACCUGCCCAGUCUGCUGUCAAUGAUCCACCCCACCCUGCUGACCCCGCUGCCCUCGCUUAUAUUCACCUGCCUGAUGACGCUGCUCUACGCCUUCUCCAACGACAUCUUCUCCGUCAUCAACUUCUUCAGCUUCUUUAACUGGCUCUGCAUCGCCUUGGCGAUCGUCGGGAUGAUGUGGCUCCGCUACAAGAGGCCAGAGAUGGAGCGACCGAUCAAGGUGAAUAUUCUGCUGCCGGUGAGCUUCGUGCUCGCCUGCCUCUUCCUCAUCGUCGUCUCCAUCUGGAAGACCCCGAAGGAGUGUGCGAUCGGCUUCGGCAUCAUCGCGACAGGAAUUCCCGUCUACUUCAUCGGUGUGCGGUGGCAGAACAAACCCAAGUGGAUGCUGCAUGGAAUCUGCUCGACCACGGCCUUGUGUCAGAAGAUGAUGGAGGUGGUGCCGCAGGCGACCUAAAAGGCCUUUACAGUUAAUCGGGCUGCACAAACGGUGACCUCUGGGUUCUGACGUUACAGCUGAUGAAGCUUGACCUCCGUUGACCCCCCACCCCCCACCUCUGUCCCCCUCUCUCUCCCAGUCUGCAGGGUGCCGAUAAGGACGAAGACUGAAACAUGCCGGCGUCUGAAGCCGCCCUAAGCGCUCUUCAGGCGCUUUUCUUUUGGUUCUUAUGGACUAUUUUUAUAGUCACUAACCAACCCUUGUAGGUUGUACUACCUUUUUUUUUUUUUUUGUAUGCUGCAUUUCAAUGAACUGUUAUUUGAAUUUUUAUUUUUUAUGUUACUGUUGUUUCUUCUGGCUGUUCGUGUUCAAAAUAUCCUCCAGUUGUAUUUAGCAAGUGUAACCGUCGGCAGUAGUCGUUGGUGUUUUUUUUUUUGUAUUUAACUAUUUUUUUUAAUAUUAAUCUCCUGGUAGCCAACUUUUUCUUUUUACGCAAAAACACGAGAUUGAUUUAGUCAGAUGUCCAGGAAGCGCUGGAAGCCUUUGGUCCCGCGGCCGUUACAAUUCUUCAGCGCUCCUCGAGGAAAGUCUCGUGCUCUCUGUCGUCUGUCGGUCGCUGUAAAUGCCCGGGACCGCCUGCCGUUUGCUUUCCUCACCCGGCGGGGUUUUAAAGUCGACGAUGCUGCUGCAGGGAAAGAGUGAGGUGGAUUGAAGACCUUGGUGUGUGUGUGUGUGUGUGUGUGUGUGUGUGUGUGUGUAUGUGUGUGUGAGUGAGUGAGAGAGAGAGAGAUGCUCUUUUUGUUUUCUAUCUCCCAGAGAAAAGACAACAUUUUCUGGGUCAGCGAUCUCCUUUUCCCUUUCGGGGAUCAAUAUCUUGCUCGCAGAGCGCCAUUAAAACUGUCAUUACACUGUGGGACAGUGUUUCGGACUCCUCACUGUAAUAAAGCCAUGUUCAAGCAGAGCUGCAGACAGAGGCUCGAUGCUCUUUGCGUUUUUUACAUCUUCUGUAAGAUGACGUACUGAGAGAGCACAUUGUGAGAUCAGUGUGAACAUUUGUUGGUGUUGUUUUUGUUUUUUCAUCCAUUCCUUCCUCCAAUUUUUCUUUUUACCUUUCCAGACACACACUCAACGAUAGUUUAAAAAAAGAAAGAAGUUAGUGCUGUUUUAUUAACGUUGACAAUCCUCCUGACAACGGCCCGAGACGGCGGCUUUAGUUGUUGCCGUAGAGACGGCUGCGGGAGGGGUUAAUAUGUGUUUGAGGUAGAACCUUUCUAACACUCUUGCUAACACUCCAGCCAUCGCACAACGCAGAUGGGUAAACUAACCCGAAUAGGUCUGUAGAAAGUUUAUUUAUUUAUUUGUAGGUUAUUGUUUGUUAUUAUUCCCUCUAAUUUUGAUUACAGGGCAUUUCAUGGAAAGUGCUUCAAAAAUAAAUGUUGAGGUAUUUUUCCACUUUUUGUGUUUUUGUUUUGGUCUCAUUUGUCUUUUUUUUUUAUUUUAUUUUUUUAAUUCAAUUUAUUAUUCUAAAUACCAACAAAAAAAUACACAACGUGGUGAUGAUUUUGACUUUUAUUUUCUCUAAUACAUUACACAUGAAAUGAGUGUGAAUAGUAAAAAGAAAACACAUAAAAGUCCA